AUGUUUCGGGAAUUUUCCCCUAACCCUUCCCUGGGACCUGAGGGACAACGGAAGAGCUAGAGAGAUCAUGAUGACAUCGAAAGAGUGAACGAUAGAACCAGGGGAAAGAGAGUGAGGUUUAAAGAUGAUGGUGCCCCCCCAAACCCGGUCGAGCCCAGCUGCUCGGAGGAGGAUGUUGAAUUAUGUUGA